AUGCCUUUCAAUACUGAAUUCAAACCAGUUUCUCUAAAACAUACUACUUUGUUUAAACCUAUGAAGGUUGGUAAGACUAUGGUUUUACACAGAGCUAUCAUACCACCUUUGAAUAAAAUGAGAGCCGACCCAGAGACUCAUAUUCUAAACGAGGAAUUAUCCAUUGAGUAUCACGGCCAACGUUCCCAAAGUCCAGGUACCAUGAUUAUUACUGAGCCUGGUAAUAUUUCUCCAGAGGCUGGUGGCUAUGCUGGUUCACCUGUUAUUUACUCUAAGGUGCAGAUGGAGGUCUGGCAAAAAUUCUUUUCCAAGAUACAUGAAAACAAAUCCUUUGCCUGGGUUCAAUUGUACGCCUUAGGUAGCCAAGCUUCCCCUAAAUUUUUAAAAGCAAAUGGAUACAAAUAUGUGUCUGCUUCAGCUGGUGCUUAUAUCGAUGAAAUUUUUGAAAAGAAGCUAAGGAAGCAAAUAAUCCCCAAGUUGGUUUAA